CGAAUGAUUUGCCGUCAACUUUUAUAUAUACAUAGUUCAAAUAACUUUAACGAGUCCCGUUAAUUUGCACAGUGUGGCAACGCUAUCUUAACAGAAUUUUGCGUUUGCGCAUAACGUUCCGUUUGCUGUGAGCUUUAUCUUUUUGUAGCACAAGUUUUUUUUCAGCUAUCAGUGAAAUUGAUACGAAAAUAUGUUGAAGUCGGAAGUGCAACACCAAUACUGGAUAACCAAAAAGGUUGUGCAGCGCAAGUUGGGCAGCAAAGAGGACAAGCACAUAAUAUCCUCCGACGCUGAGCUGGACGCCAAAAUCGAGGUCUUCAAAUCGAUAAGUGACACCAGCUUGGAGCUGUGCAAAAUCAUUGACCAAUACCAGGAAAGACUGUGCAUAUUGUCGCAGGAGGAGUGCGUGUUCGGGCGCUUUCUGAAAGAGGCUGGCAAACGUAGCAAGACGACGGGCAGCAGCAUCACAAACACGGGCAAGGCCAUGUCCUUUGCUGGGCAGCAAAGGAUGUGCGUACGCGUUCCUCUACUGCGACUGCAACAUGAGGUGGAUGUAUAUCGCUGCCGUGCCGUCAAGGACACUGAACUGACUCUACAGACCAUGGAAAAGGAACGCACCGAAUACCGUGCCGCCUUGUCCUGGAUGAAGCACACGGCCAGCCAGGACAUGGAUCCCGACACUGGCAAGGGCCUAGAUAAGUUUCGCACAGCCCAAGCUCAUGUGAGGGCUGCCAAGCACAACUUUGACAGCUACUCCAUGGACUCCAUACAAAAAAUUGAUCUUCUGGCCGCCGCCCGCUGCAAUAUGUAUUCCCACGCCUUGGUUGCCUACUUGGCCGAGCUGAAAAACUUUGCCCAGAAGGCCGCAUCCACUUUUCAGACCAUUUCGAAUGCGCUGGUGGUCAAGCCAAAAUACGACUUCUGUGUGCUCAAGGAACUGUCCCAGAACGAAGGCGCCGACGCACCGGAAGCAGUUCCGAUCGAAGCUGUCGACAAAGACCAAUCGUUAUUCUUUGCGGACGAAUACCAGGACAAGCCAAAGUCUGAGUCGCAGCCGCCCACAGACGAAACGCCCAUGACCACGCCCACGUCUACGGCCUCAGCUGCGCCCGAAACUACGUGUGGUGACAACGAAUCAUUGCUCAUUGAAUUGUCCAGGCAGUUGGAAGAGAGUCCACUUAUCGAGGCGCCGGCACUGCUGGAGGCUCCCUUGUUGGACACAAGCAACAAUAACAAAUUCUGGGCUCGCAUGUUUAGUCAGCAGCAGCCGCCCACGCCCACGCCCACGCCCAGCAGCGUCUGUCCCGCUGCAGCAGCUGCCUCAACCAAAACGAACGCCAAGCAGAGCAAUAACAGCUCUAACAAUCCCUGGUUGGAUCUCUUUGCUGACCUGGACCCGCUGGCCAAUCCGCAGGCAUUCGACUUAAAACUGAGCGGCGGAAGGCGUGUAGCAGAGCAGACAUAAGACCGAAAUUUUAGAAAGGACGCGGAACGAUGGAUUCCCACAGCAGAAAUCAUACAUAACGACGGCCAGAAUCGAGCCGGAUCGUUCGGUCGGUCUAUAGUUAGUAUUAUUAAUUUAAUUCCCCUCUCCCUAUCGAUAGUUUCGGCUUUUUUCACUGUCGACAGGUGUAGCUUUUUCACACGACACAUGUGUUUUGUCAAUAAAAAUGUAUUAUUGUUAAAAAGCAUUUCCGUUGCAAUAUACAGGAUCAGCAAGACCA